GAGCUUUUGCAGCUGUACUCAACCCCAGACCACUUGGCUUGAGUUGGGAUAACACAAGGCUUUUGAGCUGCCUCAUUCAUUGAGAACAUUCCUUCCCUUAGGUAGCCCAGGCACCAUGCUGCGUGUAAGAUGUGUGAGAGGAGGAAGCAGGGGAGCAGAAGCUGUCCACUACAUAGGAUCCAUGCUGAGUAAAGGCCUCGUCGGAUGGGUGCAGCGAACUUUCCAGAGCACCCAGGCAGCUGCAGCUACCCAGAAAGACUGCGCUGCUGACGAAACCACCCUCCAAGACUCUCCUGUCUGCUCCUACAAUGAGUGGGACCCGCUGGAAGAAGUCAUUGUGGGGAGACCAGAAAAUGCAAGCGUUCCUCCAUUUACAGUGGAAGUCAAGGCAAACACGUAUGAAAAAUACUGGCCUUUCUACCAGAACUAUGGAGGACAGAGGUUUCCUCAUGAACACGUGAAGAUCGCUGUACAGGAAAUUGAGGAAAUGUGCAAUAUUUUACGACAUGAAGGCGUUACUGUCCAAAGACCUGAAGUAAUCGAUUGGUCAACUCAGUAUAAAACACCUGACUUCGAAUCUACAGGUCUGUAUGCUGCUAUGCCUAGAGACAUCCUGCUGGUUGUUGGUAAUGAGAUCAUUGAAGCUCCUAUGGCGUGGAGGUCCCGCUUCUUUGAAUACAGGGCCUACCGUCCCUUAAUUAAGGAUUAUUUCCGUCGUGGGGCAAAGUGGACCACAGCACCUAAACCAACAAUGUCUGAUGAGCUCUAUGACCAGGAAUAUCCUAUUCGUACUGUUGAAGACCGACACAAACUGGCUGCUCAGGGAAAAUUUGUUACUACAGAACAUGAGCCCUGUUUUGAUGCUGCUGACUUCAUGAGAGCCGGAAGAGACAUCUUUGCACAAAGAAGCCAGGUGACAAAUUACCUUGGAAUUGAAUGGAUGCGCAGGCAUCUGGCUCCAGAGUACAAGGUGCACGUUAUCUCAUUUAAGGACCCAAAUCCUAUGCAUAUCGAUGCCACCUUCAACAUUAUUGGACCAGGACUUGUACUUUCUAACCCAGAUCGUCCCUGCCAUCAGAUUGACUUGUUCAAGAAAGCUGGCUGGACUGUUGUCAUUCCCCCCACUCCACUCAUCCCAGAUGAUCAUCCUCUGUGGAUGUCCUCAAAAUGGCUCUCAAUGAAUGUUCUAAUGUUGGAUGAAAAACGUGUAAUGGUGGAUGCCAAUGAAACUUCCAUUCACAAGAUGUUUGAGAAGUUGGGUAUCUCCACCGUUAAAGUGAGUAUUCGCCAUGCGAAUUCCUUAGGAGGUGGUUUCCAUUGCUGGACCUGUGAUGUUCGUCGCCGUGGAACCCUGCAGUCCUAUUUCAGAUAAAAAGUUGGAAAUGAGCAGUAAACAAGCUUUUAAGCGCCUCAAUCUAUAUACAAGGCAAAUAUCAAAACAUAGCUAGCUUAGAACAGCCUGCUUCCAAUUACAAUCCUAUCUGGUGAUGAAUAAUUAGCUUUAUGACCAAAAAAAUGCAGACUGAAACUUAUGCUGCUCUGAGUUUCAAGAUUUUAGAUUGUUACAUUUACAUUAAAGAACCAUCCCACAUUUUACAGGACUGCAAGGUGCUGACAACAACAAUGCACUAAUUAUAUCUGCCUGUCUACCUCUGUUUUAUCAAAGAAGCAGCUUGAAAUGUACCAUGUAAUUUCCAUGUCUUUGUUAUCUUGUAAGGAUUUAUUGGUUACACUCUAACAAAUUAUGAGAUUGAACCUCAAAACAUUGACCCCAGAUUAUUAAAGGUUUAGUAUGUUUGAUAAGAAGUCUAUAAUUUAACCAGGACUAUGCCUAGUUUCCUUCUCAUUAAACAGUUCAAAACUUUUUAUAGCUCCACUUUAAAAUGUACAGUUUUCUUUGCACUAUCUAUAAAGUCUUUUACUCAUAAAUUGACAUGCAAAAGUUGAAAAAAGUAUUAAAGGCAAGUAUAUGUUUUUUUUUAGAAAUGCAUGUACAAGAGGUCAGCAUGCCAUGAAUAAUACUAUCAGUGUGUGUUUAAUAUUUUAAAUAAACUUGCUGCUAUGCA